GAAAAAAGUGUGAACUGGAAACUCGAGCAAUAUUAUCACUUUAUGAAACUUCAACAACUUCUGAUGAAUCUAAAACUGAUUCACAAGAACCUAAAGAACAUUUAAUAAAAAAGGAAAAUAGAGCAAAGAACCAUGAAUCAAUUAAAUCAUCAAUAUCUUAUGGACCAUAUUUUCGAAGCGAUUUACAGAUGGUGAACAAUUUUGAUGAUAACGGGUGUUCUUGUUAUCCUUGGUAUUACGAUGGGUCAAUUAGAGAAUCGGAAGCUUGUUUUUCGGUAGAUGAAUAUGAGGUUUUCAAGGUCAUAAAAAAAGAAAAGGUGAAAUCUGUAGAAGAAUACAAUGUUUUCCAAGAUUUAGAAAAGGCAAGUACAGAAAUGAAUGAAUCACAUCAACCUGAUUCGAGUUCAGAAUAUACGCAACAACCAAAUGCGGCAUCAAACAUAAAGGUCAUUAAUGAUAACCCAUUGGUGAAAUUAUCAUCUGAAUAUUCAGAAAAGGAGCGGGAGAUUUGCUAUGGUAUAUUCAGCGACUUUUCAAAAAACAAUGUACGCAUUAAAAAGUCUAAACAAAAACCUGUUAUUGGAUGA